AAAUCAGCCUUUACGUCGUCAUUUGAAGCUUUUGCGACUCUUCAUCAGCGAAGCUCCUACGUCAGUGUUGUGGGCGUGUCCGCGUCCACCAGAUAAAUACAGCCAAAGCAACACUUCUGGUUGACAGAGCUACUGUUGAAAACGACAAUAAAACUACCUGACAGCAACCAUGGCAACAGCAACCCCUCUGUCCAAGGCCAACACCAGCUUCUCUCUGGAUUUGUUGAAAACGCUGGGAGAUAAUGACAAGACUGCAAACAUCUUCUACUCUCCGUUCAGCAUCUCGUCAGCCCUGGCGAUGGUGAUGCUGGGAGCCAGAGGAAACACGGCUGCACAGAUGUCAGAGGUUCUCUGCUUCACUGAGGCAGAGCAGUCUCAGCCUGCAGGAGGACAGCCAAUGCAGAUGCAGAUGCAGCAGAAGGCCCAGUUCAAACUACCAGAGAUUCUGAAGAGCCUGAAAACAAAAGACUGUAAGGAUGAUCUGCACACCAGCUUCGGCCAGCUGCUGAGUGAGCUCAACAAGCCCGGGACUCCGUAUGCCCUGAGUGUCGCCAACAGGCUGUACGGAGAGCAGUCCUACCAGUUUGUGGAGGAAUUUCUUGGAAAAACCAGGACGCACUACAAGGCAGAGCUGGAGAGUGUGGACUUCAUGAAAAGCGCUGAAGCAGCCAGGCUCAACAUCAACAGCUGGGUGGAGAAGGAGACGCAAGGUAAAAUUAAGGACGUGCUGGUCUCAGGUGUGGUGGACGCCAUGACCAGGCUGGUUCUGGUCAACGCCAUCUACUUCAAAGGCAACUGGAACAAGAAGUUCAAGGAGAGCAGCACACGAGAUGCUCAGUUCAGACUGGACAAGGGCAACAGUAAGCCAGUAAAGAUGAUGUACCAGAAAACAAAGUUUCCUUUGACCUACAUCCCUGAAGCCAGUUGCCAGAUCCUGGAGAUGCCUUACCAAGGGAAGGAGCUGAGCAUGCUCAUCUUUUUACCCAACGAUAUAGAGGACGACACCACAGGUCUGGAGAAGCUGGAGAAAGAGCUGACUUAUGAGAACUUUGUGGAGUGGACGCGUCCUGACAUGAUGGAUGAGAUUGAGGUCCAGGUGGGCCUGCCUCGGUUCAAGAUGGAGGAGAAAUAUGACAUGAAGAACGUCCUGGUCAGUAUGGGCAUGGUGGACGCCUUCGACAUGUCAAAGAGUGACUUCUCCGGCAUGUCUCCUGCCAACGACCUGGUGCUCUCAGAAGUCGUCCAUAAAGCUUUCGUGGAGGUCAACGAGGAGGGAACAGAGGCUGCUGCCGCCACCGCUGCCAUCAUGAUGCUGCGCUGUGCUUUACCUCCAGCCUCCUUCGUCGCAGACCAUCCCUUCCUCUUCUUCAUCCGACACAACCCCUCCAACAGCCUUCUCUUUGCUGGUCGAUACUGCUGCCCUGAGUGAGCAAC